GCCGGCACCCCGGGUUCUGAGCACGGUUUCCAGCGGGCGGCCGGACGUCGGCGCGGCCCGCGGCCGGUUUGCUGCCACGCCUGGGUCGCGGCGGGCGCGGAGCCGCAGCCAUGCUGUUCUGGCACACGCAGCCCGAGCACUACAACCAGCACAGCUCCGGCAGCUACCUGCGGGACUUGACUAGUGCUCUUCAAAGGGAAAACGAUGUGCUCGCCCUGCCCAUCUUCAAGCAAGAGGAGCCGCAGCUGUCCCCCGAGAGUGAGGCCCGCCUGCCGCCCCUGCAGUAUGUGCUGUGUGCUGCCACGUCCCCGGCCGUGAAGCUGCACGAAGAGACCCUGACCUAUCUCAACCAAGGUCAGUCUUAUGAAAUCAGGCUGCUGGAGAAUCGGAAGCUGGGAGACUUUCAAGAUCUGAACACGAAAUAUGUCAAGAGCAUUAUCCGAGUGGUUUUCCACGACCGCCGGCUGCAGUACACGGAGCACCAGCAGCUGGAAGGAUGGCGGUGGAGCAGGCCCGGGGACCGGAUCCUGGACAUCGAUAUUCCACUGUCUGUUGGUAUCUUGGACCCCAGGGCCAGCCCGACCCAGCUGAACGCUGUCGAGUUUCUGUGGGAGCCUUCGAAGAGGGCCUCUGCAUUCAUUCAGGUACACUGUAUCAGCACAGAAUUCACCCCGAGGAAGCACGGGGGUGAGAAGGGGGUGCCUUUCCGAGUACAGAUUGACACAUUUAAGCAGAACGACAAUGGGGAAUACACAGAGCACUUGCACUCCGCCAGCUGCCAGAUCAAGGUGUUCAAGCCAAAGGGAGCUGACCGGAAACAGAAGACCGACCGGGAAAAGAUGGAGAAGAGAACUGCCCAAGAGAAGGAGAAGUAUCAGCCGUCCUACGAGACCACCAUUCUCACAGAGUGCUCCCCGUGGCCCGACAUGGCCUAUCAGGUGAACAGCGCCCCGUCUCCCAGCUACAAUGGCUCUCCAAACAGCUUUGGCCUCGGCGAAGGGAACAGCUCUCCGACCCACCCAGUGGAGACCCUGCCUUUGGGCAAUGACCACCUGCUUCCAUCGGCCUCGAUCCAGGAUGCCCAGCAGUGGCUGCACCGAAACAGAUUCUCACAGUUUUGCCGGCUCUUUGCCAGCUUCUCGGGUGCUGACUUGCUUAAGAUGUCUCGAGACGAUUUGGUCCAGAUCUGUGGCCCUGCCGAUGGGAUCCGGCUCUUUAAUGCCAUCAAAGGCCGGAAUGUGAGGCCGAAGAUGACCAUUUACGUCUGUCAGGAGCUGGAGCAGAACCGAGCGCCCCUGCAGCAGAAGCGGGAUGGCGGUGGGGACAGCAGUCUGUGUGUGUACCACGCCAUCUUCCUGGAGGAGCUGACCACCUUGGAGCUGGUUGAGAAGAUUGCCAACCUGUACAGCAUCUCCCCCCAGCACAUCCACCGAGUCUAUCGGCAGGGCCCCACCGGCAUCCACGUGGUGGUCAGCAACGAGAUGGUGCAGAAUUUCCAGGAUGAGUCUUGUUUUAUCCUCAGUACCUUGAAAGCUGAGAGCAAUGAUGGCUACCACGUCAUCCUGAAAUGUGGCCUCUGAGCGAAAGUCCAGCGUGUGAAGUACGGCCCCCACCCCACAGCCCCAUGGAUUCCCUCGGAUAUAGAAACCGCUUCACUCUAUGCCGCGGCCUCCCCUGGCGGGCUGUGGCUGGGAGGGACUUGGCCCAGUCCAGGAAGACCACGGCCCACGAACCAGCAGAACCCUGCGGAUGCAGUCUCUGGUGUACGGAAAGCCAGCGGCUCCUCUCUCCCUUCCUCUUGGCCUCCAGCUUUUGAAUGUUCCUCGUUCUUUUCCCAGCCCUGCUAUCUUAAAGAGGCAAAUGGCAGGGCCAUCUUCUCUGAAACCCCUUGCUCCCUAGUUGGAGGCCAGUUCACUGAGUGUCUCGGUGCCUUCUGACCAUUCCCCUGCCUCCCGGGAAGGUUGUGCCUCCCCCCGACCUUCACCUUUUCUGGGAACUGGCUCCGUGACCAGGACUGCUGACUGGAUGUAGGUGGCUUGCCAGUGUUCUGUCUUCGUGUUGGUUCCCCUUCUCAGCGACCCUGGUGGGCAUCUGUCUUUCUGCUUCUUGGAUGGCUCGGUGGGAAGGGGACUUAUUCUGUGCCUUCUGCUGCUUUCACCUUGACUCCGUUUCCAAGGACCUGCUUUUGCAGUGCCCAGCGAUGGGCUCCUGUCUCUGCAUUGGUAAUGUAGACACCACGAUGCUUGUGUAGGACUGGCCACAUAGACCUAGGUCUGUGCCCUUGGAAGGAAGAAGGAGAGGAAUAGAACAACUAUUUUUCAGGUAUGUUCUCAUGAGUAUGAAAAGGAUGAGAACAGAAUGAUAUUUUGCUUGAGCCCCUUUUAUGUAAUUUUAUGCCCUAAGCAAUCAUGGGUAAGGAAGAUUAGGAAAUGAGUAUUCGGCUGUAUGAUCAGAUGACCUUGAUGGUCAUGAUAGCAGGCCCUGUUGGAUGGACUUAACCAGGUCCCAUUUAAAGAAGACCUUGGCUGACGACUGCCAAACUUGCCAAGUUUCCUGGGGUUCAUCUUUUCUGUGCGGCCCCAACUUAAAUGUUUAUCUUUUUUCAUGCAUGGAGGGAGUGUUUAGGGCAUUUUGCCUGCAUUGGAGUGGUUGGAUCACCUUUCCUCAUGGCUUAAUUCUGGGGAACUCUGAUUAUCAGUAACCAGUAAACUCAGCAAUUAGGCUUUGUCUUGCGUCUGUUUCCCGGCACACAGUGAUCUAUACUCUUCGCUAACUUAGGUUUAACUUUCAGAGCAUUGAGAAGCCCUAUGAUCAAUGGAGCAGGAUUUUACAACUUCUAAAGCAGAGCUUUAGGGGAUUAUAGCGCUGGGGUCAAAGAUGAUCCGAACCGGGUAGACCUUGCUUUCCAGUUGGGGAAAAUGAAACCUAGAGGGGCAGAGCCAUCCGCCUGAUAUCACACAGUGAUAGGGCGAUGAUAGAAACUCAUUAUAUAAAUCAAGACACUUCUCAGGGUGAAAGGGGCUCUCUAAGAGUUAUGUUGGGACCACAGGUGGUAUGGUGUUCCUACAGAGUAAAACAGGCUCCUGAUUCCUUUCCUGUUUUGGGGGAGGGGGCGGGAGCAGGUAACAGCUUUAUUGAGAUAUAAUUCACAUACAAUACAGUGUACCCAUUCAGAGCAUACCGCUCUAUGGUUCUUAGUAAAUUCACAGAAUCCGCACAUUCAAUUUUAGGACAUUUUUCUCACCCCCAAAAGAAACCCUGUUUCUUUUAGUGAUCACCCUCCCACUUUCCCCCCAGCUCCCCUUGUCCUAGGCAACCACAGGUCUCCUUUCCAUGUAGAUUUACUUAUUCUGGACAUUUCAUGGAUAUGGAAUUACAGUGAGUGGCCUUUUGUUACUGGCUUUUUUUUUUUUUUUUCUUUUUCUCUCGCGUAAUGUUUUCUAGGGCAUCUGUGUUGAACAUGUAUUCAUACUUCAGUCCUUUUUAGAGUUGAGUAGUAUUUCAUUCUCUGGAUAGAUGUGUCACAGUUUGUUUAUCCACUCAUUAGCCGAUUGAUAUGCGAGUUUCUACUUUUCGGCUGUUUCGAACGAUGCUGCUAUGAACAUAUUUGUACAGGUUUUUGCAUACAUAAUGUUUUCAUUUCAUUUGGGUAUAUACCUAGGAUGUAUACCCUACAUACAUCUUUCGCCAGGGCGUAUACCCUGGCGUUGCUGGGUCCUACGGAACUCUAUGUUUAACUUUUUGAGAAACUUCCAGAUUGUUUUCCAAAGCAGUGGCACCAUUUUAGCCUCCCACCAGCAGUGUAGGAGGGCUCGUUUUUCAACAUCCUCACCAACACUUGCUGCUUUUUGAUUAGAACAUUCUCUAAUGGGUGUCCAGUGGUAUCUCACCGUGGUUUUGAUUUGCAUUUCCCCAGUGACUACUGAUGUUGACCAUCUUUUCAUGUGCUUAUUGGCCAUUUCUAUGUCUUCUUUGGAGAAAUACCUGUUCAGAUCCUUUGCCCAUUUCUAUUUGGGUCAUUGGUCUUUUUUUAUUGCUGAGUUGCAUCAGUUCUUUGUAUAUUCUAGAUACAGGUCCUUUGUCAGCUCUGUGAUCUGUAAAACUUUCCUCCCAUUCUGUGGAUUGUCUUCACCUUCUUAUGAUGUCCUUCACAGCAGAAAAGUUUUUAAUUUCGAUGAUGUCCAAGAUCCCCUACUUUCCUUGCUUGUGCUUUUUGUGCCCUAUCUGAAAAAUCAUGGUGUAAUCCAAGUUCAAGAAAAUUUGUGCCUAUGUUUCUUUUUAAGAAUUUUCAUCGUUUGAGCUCAGUAGUGGCCUUUGAUUCAUUUGAAGUUAAUUUCUGUACAUGGUGUGAGUAGAGGUCCAGCAUCACUCUUUUGCCUGUGGGUACCCAGUUGUUCCAGCACGAGUGGUUGACCUCCUCUCCCGUCCCCAGCCCAUGUCUGGCUCCACCAUUUUUAUAACGGGCUUUCUGUUCUCCUCUGAGUGUCUCACCCUUACUCCCCCUUAACCUCAACAGGACGGGGUCAUAUUGUGCUCUGAUACUCGGUGGCCUUUCUUGGUGCAUGUUCUAACUCCACACAUUAGUCCUAGGGGAAAGUCAGGAUCAGUCAUUUCCUUUUUUUGAGGACAGUGAGCCACAAGGAAGUGGAAUAAUUUGCCCAAGGUCACAAGAGUCAGGACUAGACCUUUGGCCUUCUGACUUCCAGCCUUUCAGGGGGUCUGUCAGUCACUAGACCUAAGUGAUGCCACUCCCUAGGCCAAACGAUGACAGCCUCGAUUUUAAUUAUUUAAUUGUGGCAGACUCCUUUUUAUUUAAUUCCAAAUGGGGGUCUGAUAAAGAUCUGUUACCUUAAGUUUGCUGUUAGUGGAAUCUUCCAUUUUCUGGAACCCCCCACUGCUGUCUGUGUUUGUUUUUAACCUUCUCCUUUUUUUAAAGAUUUUAUUUUUAAGUAAUCUCUACACCCAACGUGGGGCUCGAACUCAUGACCCCGAGACCAAGGCCCCACCGCCUGAGCCAUCCAGAUGCCCCUUUCACCUUCUCCCUGUGGUUCUAGUGGAGUCUUGUAGCUUGCAAAGAAGUAGGAAAUAAAUAUGCUUCUUAAUUUGGCA